AUGCCAAGCAAAAAGAAGAAAUCUUCUGCUGCAUCAUCGGGUGAUGGCAACCUCCAGAAUUUAAAUUCUGGUGAAAUAAAAAAUAUGGAAGAUGACAAAGAGCCUCUGAACGGUGUAGACCAUGCCUCCCAUCGCAAAGAGGAAAAACGCAAAAAACGUAAAAAAGGAUCUGAUGAUGGCUUGGGUGGAGACGACAAUGGUAGUACUGAUACGAAAACACUCAAAGUAAAGAUCAAACUCGGAGACUCCGAGACAACAACACAAGCAGUGGAUGACUUGGAACCAGAAAAGAAGAAGAAAAAGACGAAAUCUAAAAAGAGUGAGCCUCCGAAGGAUUUGGUAGUUGUGUUGGAUGAAAUUAUUGAGAAACUUUUCAAAGCUGACAAAAAACAAAUCUUUUGGUAUCCUGUGCAAGACGAGAUUUACCUGAAGACAAUCAACAACCCAAUGGAUUUAUCAACACUUAAAUCUAAUUUACUUCAAGGAAAAUAUGACACUGUUGCUCGUUUCAAAGCUGACCUUGAGUUGAUCUAUCAAAAUGCGGAAACUUACAACGGAGCAGGGUCACCUAUUCACAAACAAGCAGAAAAACUACGCGCCAUUUCUUCAAAGGAACUUUCUAGUUUUUCUAAUGACGACAAAAUUAUUACUCCACUAACAAGUGACACCAGUUCUGCUGAAGAGUGUAUGACUCAGAUAUUAGAUAUUCUGAAAUUUGAGGAUUCAUAUUCUAUUUUCCACGAACCAGUUCCUCUUACGGUACCAGGAUAUCACGAACUAAUCAAAAAACCCAUGGAUUUUGCCACUCUUAGAAAGAAAGUGAUUGAAAAGCAUAUUUCAAUUAGCAAGUUUGAGAAAUAUUUGAAUCGAGUUUUUGCAAAUGCUACCAAGUUCAAUCUUCCUGGUUCCAUUUACCAUAAUGAAGCCGUCAGAAUUGGAGAGUUUGCAAAGGGAUUGACACAACAAAUGAAAACAAAGUUCUCAAAAGGAGGCUCCAAAGCUGCCCCAAAAAUUACUAUUAAGAUUUCUGACCAAAACGAAGAGCCAAAAGAAAAGAAGUCAAAGAAGAAGAAAAAAGAAGAAAAAGAAGAGCAGAGCGAAGAGACAAAAGACAAAAAGCCAAAGAAAAAGAAGAAGGAAAAGAAAGCUGUUGCAAAAGAAGACAACGAAGAGAAGAAUGGGCUUGAACAACAGGCAGAAGAAGCUUCAGCCAACGUAGAGUCGAGUGAAACCACUGACAUCACUACUCCUAAGAAGUCUUCGGAUAAGAAGAAGACGCCUAAGUCAAAACCUUCCACAAAGUGGAGAGAUCGUGUUCGUAUAACAGAUCUUGAUUUUCCAGAGUUGGAGAAAGAUUCUUUAUAUUCUCUAAUUAAUCUCAUUUGGAAUAAGCUGAAUGAUAUUGACGAAUAUUCAAUAUUUAAGACUCCUGUUGGCAAGGAUGUUCCUGGAUAUCAUGAAACUAUAAAAGAGCCUAUGGACCUUUCCACGAUGAAAGGCAAAAUAGAUGCCAAGAGCUAUGAAAAUUGGAGAGACUUUGAGGACGAUGUGGAUCGUAUCUAUGACAAUUGCAAGUUAUUUAACUCACAAGAUUCAAUUUUCUCAAAGGAGGCCAACAGACAACAACGGUGGUUUAGAAAGUGGAAAAAGGACAUGGUUACUCAUUUUGGAAAACACCAGAAAUCAGACCUUACUCCUACAUUUGUUGCAAAUUAUUUUAAUGAGAUUUCUGUUGUAAAAACAGGAGCUCCAAAAUAUGACUUGUCUGCUCUCAACGAGGAAGAGGAGUCGGAAGAAGAGACCACCACACUCCCUAGAAACUCUCUCUGUUACCAUUUGCUUAAAAUUGCAGAGGAGCUGAAGGCUCAAGACAAAAGCAAAUAUUUUUGGAAUAACGUUGAUGAAAGCAUUCAUCCUAAUUACAAGGAGAAAGUUAAGCAUCCAAUGAGCCUGUCAACCAUCAUUGACAAUUGUAAAAAUGUGCACUACAAAACCAUUGAUCAAUUUGUCAAUGAUUUUGACUUGUUGCAUUCCAACACCGUCAAUUAUUUCACUUCAUCAUCAAAAGAAGCUAAGGAAUCCAAACGCCUUUUUAAUUUAUCAAAGGACAAGGUACAACCCUUGAGAUCAAAAACUUUCAAAGAUGUAUCAUCCACCUCUGCCGCUCAACAACCAAAAUCCAAUAAGAGAGAAACUAGGGCCUCUUCUUCAGCUGCUGAUAUUGAUUCAUUUAUGGAACCUGAAACCCCAUCAAAACCUUCAGACAAGAAGAAGAAACCAUCACAAACCUCACAACCAAAACCUUCAAAAAAGAAAAAGGCUCUUCCUCCAACCAAUCCUUACAGCAAAGAUAUUGACCUUGGAUGGGUUCCAAUGAUUCAACCAUGUGCUUACUGGCAAUUUCCAACAUAUACACCUGACCCUAAUCCUGAAAAUCGACCAAAAUCCAUUGAAUCUAACCAUGAUGCUACUCAAUCCUUUAUUGACCCCUCCUCAUUAUCAUCUUCCUACAGUAGAGACGAUGAGUCAGUUUCUUCCAAUGAUGAAGAGACUCCAAGGAAAGACAAAAAGAAGGAAAAGGCACAAGCAAAAGCUGCUGUUGAUGCUGUUCCAACCACCUUUAAGACGCCAAAAACCUCUAAAAAGGAAAAGGCUGUCACUAUUGCCCAAACUCCAGUCAUCACUACCCCUUCUUCAUUUACUCCUGCUCUAUUGUCACCCUCCAUUGUUCAACCUCUAUCUAACAAGACUGUCAUUCCCAACAUUGUUAUUGAAAACAGACCGCUCCCUAAACAUGCCUACCUUGUCAAGAAAUUCAGACAACGUAUUAAUUUUAGAACCCCAACAUACGACUGGAAAGCUUUACAAAACAUGUCUCUGGGCGAUUGCUUGAAAUUGUUCUCUGACGAAGAUCGAACUUUGGAAGAAAUUGUUCAAUGUUACAAAAAGCAACCAGAUAUUAUUCCCACUCAUAAUUUAUCCUAUGGCAUGAAAGACUUUAAGGAUAUCAAUGAGGAAGAUGACGAUCUUAUCCAACGUUUAAUUACUAUAGCCACUAAGAAUUCUGACAAGCAUCAUGCGCAAAGCCACCGUGACUCUGACGAAAUGGAUUCAAUUUCUCCAAAACCAGGAAGAAAGUCUUCGCUUCACAGAGUGAAAGAUUAUAUCGAUGAGGACGAAGAAGAAGAAGACAUGGAUGAAGACGAAGAAGAUGAAGAAUUAUCAGACAUGGAAGAGUUGUACGAUGAUGAAGGUAAAAAAGAAAAGCACGUUGAUGAAAUGGAAGAUGACGAAGAGGACGAAGAAAUAUCUGAAAACGAUGUGUUGGAACACGUACUUCAAGACUUUGAGACAGUGACAGUACCAAGCACAAGAAGAUCCAAUCCUGAGGAAAUGUUUAAGAAGGUCAAACAAACUCUAAUCGAUGAAGGUGUAAAUAUUUUGGUCGAAGACGAGUAA